AUGGAUCCGAAAUCACCACAGUCCUUACCUUCACCUACCUCACCUUCUUCGCCUUCCUCAUCCUCAGGUUCUUCGUCUUCGCCCUCUUCGCCCUCUUUGCCUUUCUUGCCUUCAACGCCACCUGCCACGUCUUUACCCACACCCCCUAACUCAUCGCCUAUAAAUCCGAUCGCAAAACGUGAUCUUCGACUGAUUAGGGGUGCAAAAUCCAAGCGUCCAGUAACACAGCUCCUCUCCUCGCCAUGGAAUUAUCAACCCCCGCGCCUUCAAACGCAAAUCCAUACGCCCCAAGACCUUUAUAUUGCGGUCAAUAGAGCCCGGCACUACGAUGGUCAUGCUCCCUCACUCAAUCCAUCACCGGCCACUACAAAUCCUACGUUUCUUCCGUACUCUGGUAAUUUUGUCCUUGACGCAUCAUUCGCACUGCCAUCUGACAGGCAGCCACUUCUUGAGAAGAUUCGUCAGCUGCAGCAACGGCAGAAAGCAGAAUGCGCAGAGUUGGCGAAGAAGUUGGUCGAUUUGAUCCAGAAAGUGGACGGGUAUGAGUACGUGAAGCUUGGGAAUGGAUCGCAGUUGAGCGGGCUGAAGACGGUGGUGGGGUGGUAUUUCCAUUUCGUAUGCUCGGCAUCGAAAGAGUGCUGUCCAAAGAGCAAUAGUAUUAGUAAUCGCGACUGUAAAGGGAGUAUAUAUGUAUCAAUGUCGACAGAAAGGGUAUACAUAUACUAUACGCAUCGGGACUUGCACGAGCCUGCAACACCACGCGGGUUUGAAAUGGCAUUCGAGAGUCUGCCGGCGGAGGUCAAGGUACAGGAUAGCGGGGUGCUUAUGGCUAUGCAGCAAUUGGAGGGAAUUGAGCGGGAAGUAGAUGUGGAGAGUGAGUCGUCGGUAGGGUCGGAUCAAUCAGGGGAGACUGAGAAGGGUCGUGGAGCAUCGGGCAAAGACAAUACCAGCAAAAGUGGAAUCGAAAGCCUCAGGUUCUCCGGCGGAACCCACACCACUACCUACACCGACACCCACCCCUCCGAAGCUGCGCCGAAAACCAAGCCCAAUAUCCAUUCCCCCAGUGUCUCCCCACCCCUCGUUUCCCUUCAGCCACCCACUACUCCCCUUCCGCCAUUCACCCCAAACAUGUUGCCCAAUAUCCGCCCAACACCGGCCGCAACUCCUGGAUCUGUGAAUCGCAAUCAUAGCAAACUCAGCGCGCUCCGCGACAUGGUCGAUGCAUGGCAUCCAGAUGAUGAAUCCGGAGAGAACAACGUUCCCGAGAAAGUAAACCCAUUCCUAAAAGUCACAUUCAGGUUCAUGGUCGAGUGGUUCCAGUCCUCUAUGGGACAUCCGGAGGUUCAAAGAGAGAUCUACCGGAUCUUAGAUAUGGAGGCCGAAGGAGAAGGGGAAGGAUCAGGGGCUGGUGAGAGCGAUGUAGAGGACACAGUAGUGGGAGACGACAACCGGUCGGUGAGAAUCGAUUAUGAUGAUGAUAUGAGCCGGAAAGAUAUGGAUGAAGAGGAGGAUAUUGUGGUUGAUGUGCUACGAACACCAACAAGGAAAACGCCAACUCCGGAUAGCCCAACACGAAAACUGACGUUGGAUCUUCCCAAGAAAGCGCGGCGCUCAGUCCGGGAGUUGUUGAAAUUGGGAUAUGGGACUUCCACCAGGGUGUUGAGCCCGAUUGUUGAGUCUGCCAGUGAGAAGAGGAAAAGCACUGAUGGUUCAGGAAAGAAGGGAAAGAUGAGUCGUAGAAGUGGAGAGUCGGACAGGUGA